UGCGUUUACAAACAUGGCAUUGACCUGGUUAAUUGGUCCAGCCAAAAUCAUCCCCUAUUUCUCAACACCGUAUUGCAACCCCCAAUCACCGAUUACACGCACACACCCUUGCCAGGUGCUUGCUGACGACGUAAACAAACAUGCGCUGUCAAAAUCGCUACACAGCAGCAGUACACGAACGGAAGAUGUCAAAGUGAGAUCCAACUUUUUUUUGUUACGUUCCGUUUGUUUGCAUCGAAAAGAGAAAUCUAAUCCCGGGGAGCCAAUUAUUUCGGGUCGCCGUUUGCCAAGAUUCCGCAACACAACAAGCCAACAUGGCAGGUUCCGCCUUAAGGCGUUUAAUGGCCGAGUACAGGCAACUCACCCUAAACCCGCCGGAAGGUAUCAUCGCUGGUCCGAUCAGUGAGGAGAACUUUUUCGAAUGGGAAGCACUAAUUACCGGCCCGGAAGGUACCUGCUUUGAGGGUGGAAUUUUCACAGCGAAACUCGUAUUUCCACCCGACUAUCCGCUCAGUCCACCGAAGAUGAAGUUUACGUGUGAAAUGUUCCACCCAAACAUUUUUACUGAUGGCCGUGUCUGCAUAUCGAUCCUACAUGCGCCGGGAGAUGAUCCGCUAGGGUAUGAACUAUCAGCCGAGCGCUGGAGUCCUGUACAGAGUGUGGAAAAGAUUUUACUAAGUGUUGUUAGUAUGUUGGCUGAGCCAAACGACGAGUCCGGUGCGAAUGUGGACGCUGCGAUAAUGUGGCGCGAAAACAGGGAAGAGUUUAACAAAAUUGCCAGACGCAUCGUGCGCAAAACGUUGGGCCUUUCAUCGUAAGCUUCCCGCUAGCUAGCUAGCUUCCUACCUUACCUAGCAAAAGGUGUGCACCGUCAAUCCGUCAACACGCGUGCCCGGUGUGUUGUGUCGCCCCCCCCCCCCCCCCCCCCCCCCCGGGAGAGCGUGGGAGUGGAGUAUAUGGGCCGGAAUCGAAAUUGCAAUCGUGUGUAGUUGAUCGUUCUUUAUGUUUGUUGUUUUAUGGAGUAUGAGAGUAACUGGCUAUGGGUGGAUUAAAAAGCAAAGCAAAACAUUGAUUGAUAAAGAAAGCUUGUGGUAUCAUCGUACAUAUGUCUGUGUGUGUGUACGGGGCGGGAGGAAAUGAUAAUUUGUUUGAUUGUUUGAUCGUUUCACAUAUAUUUUGUUUGGUUUAUACGAUGACUUUAUACCGGGUUUGCGUUUGUCAUUAAUUUCCCGUAAAUUUUGUUCACGGAUCGUUAUUCGUACUGCGGACCAAGAAGUUUACGUUCACCCCUGGUAUAACCCUCCAUUCCGUUUAAAGGCUAAAGGAUGUUCGAUUUUGUUUAGUUCGCAUGUGAUAAUAAAACGAACAAAUAAAGCUAAAAAUGGUAUCCUGUUAG